UCGAGCCAUCGUAUAAAACGUAAACAAAAGUCUGCCGGCGCAUUUAAUCUCGUAGUUUUGAUAAACGUUUAUGAAAAGGACAAAAUGCCAAACUGGAAUCAAAUACAGUCGCAACUGCGCAGUUCCAACAAUCCCGUCGUAUUUUUCGACAUUGCCGUAGGCACAACGGAGAUCGGACGGAUGAUAUUCGAACUGUUUGCGGACACAGUACCCCGUACAGCCGAGAACUUCCGGCAGUUCUGCACGGGCGAGUACCGACCGGAUGGAGUCCCCAUUGGCUACAAGGGCGCCAGCUUUCACCGGGUGAUCAAGGACUUCAUGAUCCAGGGCGGAGACUUUGUCCAGGGCGACGGCACCGGCGUGACCAGCAUUUACGGGAGCACCUUCGGAGACGAGAACUUUACCCUGAAACACGACUCGCCCGGACUGCUGUCUAUGGCGAACAGUGGCAAGGAGACCAACGGGUGCCAAUUUUUCAUCACCUGCGCCAAGUGUAACUUCCUGGACGGCAAGCAUGUGGUGUUCGGUCGCGUCCUGGACGGCCUGCUCAUCAUGAGAAAGAUCGAGAACGUGCCCACGGGGCCCAACAACAAGCCCAAGCUGCCAGUAACCAUUUCGCAGUGCGGGCAAAUGUAGCGCGGAGUAGUGAAUGUUGUAAUAAAGUCUAUAUUAUGUCUUUUUAAA